UGGAAGUCACGAUGAUUUUAUUGAUUUUUCGAUUGACGACCGAAACGCUUGACCUGCAUCGCGAUGGCGGCGCUGUUUGGACCGCUCCCUGCCGUGAAUCGGGAAGCGUUCAAGUGGGUGCCGGACAAAGACACUGCGAAGUGCAUGAAUUGCCAUGCAGAUUUCUCCAUGAUUCAUCGCAAGCACCAUUGCCGUCGUUGCGGCCACGUCGUGUGCUCCAACUGUUCGCCCAACAUGCGCCGCAUGUCUCCCCAAGAUCCAUUUGUACGUUUUCCCAACAGCAUGGGACUCGAUCGUGUGAUAUUGGAUCCGAAGACGUUGACAUCAUGCCGCAUAGCCAGUUCGGGUGUGCAAUCCUUGCUACACGGCACUCGACGAACACUUGACGUCGACGAUGGAAUGGUCGGGCAUGUCUGGGCACACACCUACAGAAGCAGAACGGACGCCGGACCCCGUGGCAAACGCCGGGCGCGUGCGCAUAGGACAGCUCUAUGUCAAGGUCGUCGAGGCGAUCGGGUUACCGUCCAAGGAUGUGAUUGCCAACUCGAUCACGAGCGACCCAUUUGUCAAACUCACGUUGACCGGCCGGUGGUCUCAUGGCCAGGAAUGGUCCAAGGAGCUUCAAGCUACAAAGCUUACCAAGCGCAAGAGCCGCACGCUCAACCCUCGAUGGCAUGAAACGUUUGUCUUCAACGUGUGCGCACCGGGGGCAGAGCUCCUUCUCGAAGUGUUUAACGCCGGCCAACUCACGCAGCAAGCGACCAAACUCGGGCAGGUGACGGUGCCGCUUGUCGACCUAAUGGACCAGCGGCGCCACAACAAAUGGCUCGACUUACAGCUACCGCCGACGCUGCAUCGCCACGGCCUCAACAACGACGCGCGAGCGGGUCGCAUCCACGUACUGCUCCACUACAAGUUCGCGCGCGUCGCGGAGUUCUUGUCCCAUUUUAUGGCGGAAGAGCGAUACACUGCGCCUUGGCCACCGUUCAAAGCCGCCAUCUUGUACAACAACUUUUGGAUUUUACUCGAUGACUUGUGGCCGUACUUGGAGGUUAUCUGGAGCAUCUCACCGACGCUGAAUUGGGACCAUCCGUCGCGGUCAAGCUUUGUCCUGCUUGCGAUCCUCUGGAUGUGUCUGUACAUAACAUGGGUGCCCGUGCUUCUCCACGUCGCGAUGAUCGGCAUGACCAUCAAAAACUUGUGUGUCAUGUCAGUGAAGCAGGCGGCAGUCGAUUCCUCUGUCCCCACGGUGCCCAUUCUGCAACACUCGAUAUCCACUCCAUUGUCAAUUGCGUCAACAACAGUGACAGGAGCAACUUCAUCAUCCGUCGGGACCACGUCUAACACAUCGGCAGUGGGCACUGGUGGUACUUCUCUGACGACCUCCAGUAGCGCAAUGGGGGGUAGUGCAGGGAGCUCAACGUCCACGCUGGCGUCGUCGUCGUCCAUGGAUGGAAGCAAUCACCAUGACGAACCCCCGCGAGUGUACUCACUUCCUCAAGGGUUCCACCACAUCACGGACAAAAUGGCUCAGGUUACAACGGAUGCCGAGACGAAGAUGACCCUCCAGCGAGUGCAGAACAACAUGGCGUGGUGGUCGGGCGUGAUCAAGGCAAUCGAACUCAUGUUUUCGUGGGAAGACUUCUUUUACACGUUGCAAAUCUUGAUUGCACUCAUCGUGAGUUGCAUCUUGCAUGUGCUCAUACCGAACCAGUACCUCCUCAUGGUUCUCGUCGUGUAUCUGUUUACAAUGUGGACGGUGCCGUUCGGACUCAUUACGCGGAUGAUCUAUGGGCUCAAGCAAGCCUUGUCAUCUCUUCUGCAUCAACAGCGGCUUCGCGCUCACCAUGAAAAGACCAUGGAAUCAAGUCGAAGCGCCGCAGCGGCUGCAGCAGCUGCCUCGACUGGUGGGCCAUUCAUGGAUACCCCUGGAAGCAGCAGUCGAUCUCGGCGAGGGCUGAGCAUGAGCCGCAAUGAAGUCGUGUCCAGGAAUGAGCAUCGCUUUGGCGCCGCCGCCACGGCGUUGUCCCGUCGAUUUGUUGAAGAAAUGAACAAUGGGAGCUCAUCAGCCAGGUGAUAGAUGGAAGGUCCCUCGUUUUAGUGACUUGUUGGUUCGGCCAAUCAAGUCCAGAAGUCAUUAAACCGAGGGUAAUAGCUAAGAUAUUUCGCGCGCAAAUUUGAAUUGCACAUUG